AUGGCAAAGUCGACCACGUUACUAGAACUGAAACUCGUCUUAAGGAUGUAUAUGGCCCACCCGACCCUCCGCUUGCAAAUCAUCGUUGGGAUGCGGCUCAACGAGAUUGGGGUGGCCUCUGAUAGUCCGACGUCCGAAUUGAACUUGGCAGAGGAGCGAAGUAUGAAUGAAUCUUCCAAGUCGGCCUUCCUGGACCUUGAUUACAUAAGUAGGUAUGUGCAGGAACAGAACCCAUGCGCUCACAAUAAUGACCUCAAGCUUGGCGAAGACAGCAAGUCUAAUCAGGGGAUACAAGUGAAAGGGUGUUCUCAGGUUUCUGCCUCACUACAGGCUGAGAGACUGAGGACCGCUAAGCACAACACUGUCCCGUUUCAGCCUUGCCCCAAACUCACCUAUAAGCCGUUCUGUCCUUGGUUUCUCAAGGCCUUGCACAUUCCUACCGUUGCUCACAGCGUUGUGCUUAAGGCGGAAGGCGCUCUUUCCGUCGACAUAGAUCUACUUUAUCCCACUUCAGACGACGUCCCGUUCAUCGAAAUAUAG